AUGUUGAUACUAUCACCAAGCUUCAUGCUUGGAGCUGGCGCUCUCCUUCUCGCUACUCAUAUCAUUAUCCGCCUGACUUCGGCUACGGCAAAGGUUCCCGGUCCCUUUAUAUCCAACUUCACGUCACUUGUACUGAAAUGGCACGAACUCAACGCCAACCGUACCGUGUACAUUCACGAACUUCAUAAGAAAUAUGGCUCGGUUGUCAGGGUCGCACCUAAUGAGGUCUCCUUCACUUCGAUUGAUGCUCUCAAAGAGAUCUAUGGUUCCGGUGGUAGCGGAUAUGACAAGACCGAGUUCUAUGACCUCUUUCAAGUCUACGGCAAGCGAACAAUGUUCUCAACCCUGGUUAAAGGCGAUCCCCCCUGGCCGGGAUACAAGAACGCUCCAAGAGGUUUGUUGAGCGCUGUGCUGACUCACCUGACAAGACGGCAGACGUAUUUAGAGACACAGCUGACCAAACCAGCGUUGCACGCAUAUGCUUGUGAUUGUGUUACACACCAGUUGUUCCACCCAUAUGGAAGCAACUGCCUGCAGAACAAGGACGAUGAAGAAAUGAUGCAUCAAGUUGCUGCCGAUGACAGUCUUCAAAGUAAGCUAACCCCGAUUCUUCACCGUCUUGGAUCCAGCAUUCUGACUAGCUUUGCCAAACCCCGACUGAUUCCCCUGGCCGACAACUUUGUCAUUGAAAACGCCAAGGAAAAUGGUGCAGCAGAUUUCACCGUCUUGAACCGGCUCAAGGAGAAGGAUAGCGUCCUUGAUACUAUCGACAUGGCUGCCGAGUGUCUCGAUCACAUGGCCGCUGGCAUCGAUACAACCGGCGACGUUCUCUGUUUCUUGAUGUGGGAACUUUCACAACCCCGAUCGAUAAAGUAUCAACGACUUCUACGAGAAGAGUUUCGAAGCAAGCCUGACGCCCACUUUGACGAGUUGCCCAUGCUAGACGCCGUACUAAACGAGGGACUGAGAUGUUUCCCCGCGAUUCCAAUGUCAUUGCCUCGAUACGUUCCCCACGGUGGCCGUGUCAUUGAUGGAUUCUCCUUACCCGAGAAGACAGUUGUUAGUUGCCAGGCCCUUUCAGUUCACCGAAUCAACGAUCAUGUUUUCCCUGAGCCGGACAAGUUCUACCCUGAAAGGUGGUUGGAAGCUGAAGGAGAUGCCGACCGACGAAGACAUCAAUGGGCCUUCUCCAGCGGAGGAAGAGGAUGCAUUGGAAAACACCUUGCCAUGGCGGAAAUGAAGACCCUGCUGCGAGACGUGUAUUCACGAUACGAGACUGGGCCGGAUGAGUCAAUGAAGAGCGAAUCUAUGGUGAUGGACGAUCAACUGAUCUCCUCGCGACCUCUCGGAAAGCGAUGCCUCCUUAGAUUCGUGCCUUUGAAGGGCUGA